GGGUAUUGGCUAGAGAGGCCAUAUUUCCCCUCUUCCAAGCUUCAGCAUGGAGGUUUUCAUCUCCAACAAAGGAAAUCCGGGAAAAGAGCAGGACCUGAGGAAGAGAUGUCUUAGAACAGAGGCAUCCUGUCACAAGUAGACUUCAGAGAGAUCUGAUCAAGUCAUGGACCUGCGACAGUUUCUCAUGUGCCUAUCCCUGUGUACAGUCUGUGCCUUGAGCAAGCCCACAGAGAAAAAGGAAAGAGUCCAUCAUGAGCCUCAGCUCAGUGACAAGCCUCAUGAUGAUGCUCAGAAUUUUGACUAUGACCAUGAUGCAUUCCUGGGUGCAGAAGAGGCAAAGACCUUUGAUCAGCUGACACCGGAGGAGAGCAAGGAACGGCUUGGAAAGAUUGUAAGUAAAAUAGAUGGCGACAAGGACGGGUUUGUCACUGUGGAUGAGCUCAAAGACUGGAUUAAAUUUGCACAAAAGCGCUGGAUUUACGAGGAUGUAGAACGACAGUGGAAGGGGCAUGACCUCAAUGAGGACGGCCUCGUUUCUUGGGAGGAGUAUAAAAAUGCCACCUACGGCUACAUAUUAGAUGAUCCAGACCCCGAUGAUGGGUUUAACUAUAAACAGAUGAUGAUGAGAGAUGAGCGGAGAUUUAAAAUAGCUGACAAGGAUGGAGACCUCAUUGCUACUAAGGAAGAGUUCACAGCUUUCCUUCAUCCUGAAGAGUAUGACUACAUGAAAGAUAUAGUUGUUCAGGAAACGAUGGAAGACAUAGAUAAGAAUGCUGAUGGUUUCAUUGAUCUGGAAGAAUACAUUGGUGACAUGUAUAGCCAUGAUGGAAAUGCUGAUGAACCAGAGUGGGUGAAGACAGAGCGUGAGCAAUUUGUGGAAUUCCGAGAUAAAAACCAUGAUGGGAAAAUGGAUAAAGAGGAAACGAAAGACUGGAUCCUUCCUUCUGACUAUGAUCAUGCAGAAGCUGAGGCCAGGCACCUGGUUUAUGAAUCAGACCAGAACAAGGACGGCAAACUUACCAAGGAGGAGAUCGUUGACAAGUACGAUUUGUUUGUGGGCAGCCAAGCCACAGAUUUUGGCGAGGCUUUAGUACGGCAUGAUGAAUUCUGAAUUGUUGACAGAUAAAACCCAUUUUUCUUCAAAAGUAAUUUAUUUUUUACAGCUUCUGGUUUCACAUGAGAAUCGUUUUCGCUACUGAGACUGUUAUUACAAACUUUAAAGCAGUGAAAAAACACAACAGCAAAACAUAUCCCGUCCCCUUUCCUCCUCCCAAAGGGACUGGAGGAACAUUCUGUGCUUCUGACAAAAAAAAAAAACCUGUAAUUAUGACACUUGUGUUUUUUAGAUUUACACUUUGUUUUAUGUAUAACAAGUUAUGUUUAUUUUUGUAUUUGUUUUCUCUUUGGGAGUAUGAAAUGAAGGAUGCCCAUCCUCACCUCACACUCACAGGCUCACAUUAGUUUAUCACCAUCUCCAACCCUUUCUCUAUUUUUUUUUUUGUAUUUUUUACUUAGCUAACUAAUUUUGUAAAGCCUAAGAUCAAUAAGGAAAAGGCCAGGGGAGGGAAAAAAAAACUGCCCUGUUAUCUCAUAUCAGAAAGGCAACAUGUUGGCGCACUCUGCUAAAAGUAUAACAUUUCCCAACUGUUCAUUGUGACCAGUUAGCUUUCUAGCACCUGACCCUCUUUUUCAUAUCCUGGGCAAGAAAGGAUUCUUAUUUGGAAGCCCAGACAGGCUCACCCUGAUGCAGUUUUUCUGUUGAAGGAGCUGUGUUUAUUCAUUCUGACAAGCACAGCUAGGCCGAAAAGGGUUAGGACCAGUGCCUCAAAAACCAAUCAUGUUAGUGGGUGUGAUCUUUCCUUUCACAAAGCUGUCAAUAGGGUCAGCUGAAGAUCUGAAGGAAAAGUAGCUGGGUUUCUUUAUUCUCAGGCUUGUGUGGAUUUGCUCAUCGAAAUACCCAGGGCAGGCUUGUAAAACAACUAUUGAAAUCAUCUUACUAUCUGUUGAGCAAUCAGCCAGCAAAGCAAGUAGGCAGGCAACAGACCCCUGCCCUGUGCUCUCCAGACCAGCCUGGCAGCCCUGGAUUUCUGCUUCAAACAGUUACAAUUUACUCCUUUCCAAUCAUGUCAUUGAAGUGCCUUUACCUGUCAAGAGAAAUGAUCAGUGAAGGCGUUUCUCUUCUGAAACCUCAAGGUAAAACGUGCUCAAAUGGGACAGGAUUUGGAGCAGUCUCUAGUAAACAUGCCACACAUGAAAGCUGCUGAGGUUUGAAACACCUCGAGCUAGGAGAGGAUAUUUUUAUUUCCAUCUUUUUUCAGUAUUAGUAGAAAUCGUAGUCGCAUUGUUCUUAAUAUUCUUGUGGGUUGGUUUCCUAAAACCACAUGCUGCCAAAUUUACCAGGGAUCCUCAUACCUCAAAAUGCAAACAAACCACUUAUUCCCUUUUUCUCCCAAUGAAAAUUGCCCAGGCCUCAGUCAGUGUCAGCUAUGGAACUUCAUGGCUCAGGUCUUGAGGAGAUGGGAAUACCCCCAAUAGAAGGCUUUCCUGGCAGAGGCCCUAUGGUUUGAGUGCCAUUGCCUACACCUUCCCCCAAAUAAAAUUUUACAUGGUGCUAAGCAGGCUGCCAACCCUUCUUAGGGGAAAAUGGGAAUUUGGAAAAGGCUUUAUAUCUUCCAGUUAAAUGGUCCAAGAAAUGGCUCUUUUUCAACUCCUCAGACUCCUUCAUACAACACUAACUAUAUAUUCUGAGGGACCUUAAUUGUAGGGGGACCUCUUCUGAAAACACAUUUUGUGUUCCAAGUGAGCAAUUUUGGGGUCACUAAGACAUAUGUGUAUAUAUAUAUCCUUUAUUACUUCAUGUAUAUCUUUAUAGAUAACACACCUUUGAUAUAACUUGAUAGCAUCAGGUGGAACGGGGUGAAUACUCCAAACAAGAUCAGGACUUUGAUCUUCUAAUAGCCAUGUUGAGAAAGACUGUUUAAUGUGGGUGGCUCUUCUCCAUUAGGUUUAGCCCCUGAUUUGAAGUCCUCUGCCCUACUAGACUCCCAGUUUUAGUGCCAAGCUGACUGAAGAUGCCUUGUGGUCCAUACCCCAGCCUUGGCUUACUUAAUUCAGUUCAGUCAUGAGUUAUGUGGGGAGGGUUCACACAGCAGGCUACCUGCACAGAGCCCAAAUUUUAAAAUCACCCACCCAAAUAGUGAAUCUUAGCAAAAAGCAGCAGCAGUAGUUUCUGCAUGCUGGGUGCUCAGCGGCUUGCAUUUUACUUUGAUCCCUCAUGAAGCCCCUGGGUUAUUUUUGGUUCCUAGAAAGCAUGACGCUGAUGAACAAACAGGCCACACCCCCACAGCGUGCAUCCUGUGAAUGCUGGUUCUCUUCUGGAUAUGGGUGUUUUGUUUUGUUUUUUAUGGAGUGUAAACCAGGUUUUAUAUUCUGUAAUGCAAACAGGUUCCUAUCUGUUUCUCAAUAAAACUGUUUACAUUCA